GAAGCUGUUCCGGCAUCAGUUUUGCCCCAAGCUUCGUAGUGAGUGGAUGUUCGAAGCUUUGCAAGCUCCGCGUAAAGAGCUUUCAAAUGGCUGUGCCUUUCACAUUUGACGUUUCCGUUAGUUUUGUCGUGUAUAUUUAAAAAAGAGAUAAACAAAAAAAAAUUGUUUCGCAUAUUUAGUUCUUUUUUUGGGGGGUGGGGGUUGAGGGCAAAUUUUUCAGCAUGCCUAGAAAAAUUGGAUUCAAUGUUGUACAUGCCACGAGUGAAGAAGAACGACAUUCGUCUUUGGAAUUAAAUAUCCAUGGACCAACAGUUCGAGGAUGGCAAAGUGCAAGAAAAUGCAUUUAUCCUCAAGAACUUAUUCUUCGUCUUCAUGGACCCGCGAAACUAACCAGAAUACAAGUUUUGGUUCAUCAAUAUUUAAUUCCUCAAAAAUUGGAAAUUUGGGCAUCUCGAGAAAAUGGUUCAUCGUCGAGGGAUUUUGAUUAUUUAGGAUAUAUCACACUUUCCGAUAAUGCAUCGACAAUGUAUAAAAGUAGAGAAUUAAAAAGUGUUGCACUUCCGGAAACAGAAACCGUCUCGCUUAAAUUUAAACUCCAUAAACCCCAUAGUAAUUCACAUAAUAUUCACGAGCAGGUGGGUCUCAUUGCCAUUAACAUUUUGGGUGAACCUUUUGGUCAGGAAUUAAGCGGCCAAGGAGAUGCUCCAUAUAAUCCUCAUUAUACGUCGCCUUAUGACGAUUUGGCAUUUGAAAUGUACGUCGAUCGAGAGGCUGCCAAUAUCAUUCGAAAAAUGGAAACAAAAAAGCUUCAAGCUGUUGAAGAGGAAAGAUUUGAAUAUGCAUCAAAAUUGAAAGUAGCAAUGGAAAAUCUAAGAAAGGCGGGUGAACGAUUAGGAAAAUAUGAAUUGGAAAAAAAAUAUGCAAUAGCACUUGAGGAUUAUGAUAAAGCGAAGGCCAAAAAAGCACAAGCACAAAAAUAUCGACAACAAGUUUACGAAAGUUUGGAAAUUGAAGAUUUACUCGAAGUUAAUGGACCAUUGGAGAAAAAUAAUCUUUCAAUAGUUGAAGAGAAGGAAACAAUUCCUUUGGAAAUUUAUGGAACUGGUGCAGUUUCCGGUUCAGACGAUACGAAUACUUUGCCCCGAUUGACAAUUCCGCCAAAUCGUGAAGGAACUAUUUCACCAACUGGUCCUCCACAUUCGCAGCCAAUUUCACCGUUACGCCAAAAAAAUCAAAGUCCAGAUGUCACUAGUAGUCCGCCAAAUGGAGUUUUAGAAAGACAAAGAGAUUAUAAGGGUUCUUUGCAAAGGAGAAAAAUAAAGUCGGCGGGACCGGCUCUUAGAUCAAGCUACGAGGCUUACGAAGAAAGAACUAUUCCUGCUUUGAGACAUUCACACACAAAUGAAUUUACAAGAGAAUGUCAUACGGACGGUGCGGAUACAAAAAUUCCAUCCAAACUCAAUGACAGAGAAAAAAAACAAGCAGCUUUGCCGAUAGCCGUUUUUGGCAUGGACAUGGUGGAAAAAUUUUACUCAAAACAAUUCACCGACAAAGAGGAAGGACUAAUGUUACUUAAACAAGAACUAAAAGAUUUUGAUCUAACCACGUCAAAACAUUCAGCUAAUAAAACAGCGAGGGCAGCAAUUUUACUCUUACAUCGAGCACUUAGGGACAAAGUUUUCAGUGUUUAUAGUUUAGCUGCACAACUUAUUAGGAUAUUUUUUUCUGAAUACGCUACCAAUAGAGUUUCAUCGACGGAAAUUGCUAGAAGUGUGGAUCGAUUAUUGCCGGAACUUUUGACAAAAUCAGGCGAUACAACACCGCGUAUUCAUAAUAUGGCUGUUCAUACAAUUUUAAGUAUGGCCGAUUGUCAAUGUGUUCGUGAUUUACAUAUUAUUCCUGUUCAUUUAACGCGAACUGUCAGCAGUAGUACUCAUCAGAGAUUGGCACUCAGUAGACUUGAAAUGGUCGAACAACUUAUUUUAAAUCAUGGAAUAUCAACGGACAAACAAAGUGGAUUAACAUGUCGAACAUUAUCCGAAUUGGGAUCAUCUGGUUUACAUCAUCCCGCGGAAGCUGUGAGAAAAGUAUCUGAGAGAAUUUUAAUUCUUGUUUAUAAAGUAAAUCCACGAUUAGUGCGCAAACAACUUCCACCUGAUGACGAUAUUACCAGGCGAAAUUUAUUGUAUCGACAAUUAUUUCACGAAUUCGAUCGAAUUGAUCUUCAGAGAAAGAAAGAAAUGGAAACUGGUCAGAAAUCAAUGAUGACACCAACGAGAACGAGGUCAAUUGACAGUAACGUUGCUAGUUUAACUAAAUCUCCGCCAAGGACAAGUCCUCCAGUUAGUACAGGAAGUUCAACCAGCGUCACAUCUCCUUCUGAUAAUAGUGGAGAUCACAAGGGUGACAAAAUGUGUAUUUUUUGCUUAUCAAAAGGAAAAGUUUAUUCGGAAGAAGGUUUAAAUAUUCAUUAUUGGCGAAGUUGUCCAAUGUUAACGAAAUGCGAAUCGUGUAAACAAGUCGUUGAAAUUUCUCAUCUUAAUUCACAUUUGCUGUAUGAAUGCGAUUUAAGGAAUAAUUACGUCAAAUGUGAAACAUGUAAACAGGCUGUAAAUGAAAAAUUAUUCGAGGAACAUACAAAAGAUGAAAAAUGCACAAAGCCAAUGGACGGUUAUGGAAAAUGUCCUCUUUGCCGUGGUUUGGUAAACCAAAACAAAUGGAAAGAUCACUUAAUGGGUGAUCAUCCCUGCAGUAGUAAUCCACGAUUAAAAGCAAAUAAAUCUUGCACAAAAUCAUCGUCGAACGCACAAAAUCUCAGUGGAAAAUUAACAUCACCAACCGGAAGGGAUUACUAGCAGUAAAUAAAUUUUUAGAUUAAAUUUAUCAAAACUUCUAGUCAAUUUUGAUAAUUUCUUUUUAUGUUUUUUUGAUAAUCUAUAUAUUAUGUAUAUUUGUUAUCUAUUUGAGAUCUGUUUUUUCUUUUUUGAAAAUGUAUAUGUUUAAAAUACUUUUUAUAGUAAAAAAGAAAACCCGUCCUCUUACGUAACAUUAGCAAUUAUUAGAAACUAAGUACUAUUCAAAAAUUAAAAAUAAUAAUAAUAAUCUGUUGAAUCAAUUAAAAUUAUUAAAAAAUUUCAAUUUUCAAUAUCUAGUAGAAGGAUUAAAAUUUUUGACGCAGAUUAGUUGAAAUACUUUAAAAUUCACUCUUAAUAUACAAUUUGAAUAAAAUUAAGAACAAGUGAAUUUUUCAUCGACUGUAACUAUUUUUUUUUUUUUUUUUGCAAAAUAUUCAAACAUCUAAAAGAUAUUUUUCUCGAUCCGCCCAUUUUGCAAAAUCAUUAAUCUUUAAGAUAUUGCUCGAGGACAGCGAACAAUAACUUUCAAGGGUAUUUUAAGCUCAAAUGUUAUAAAGUAAAUUAUAUUGUAAUUUCAUACAUUCAUUGUUUGAUAGAAAAAAAAAAAAAAAAAAAAAUUGACUAUUAAAAUAUCAUUCAACUCAA